AGAGCGCCUCUAGCAGCUGAUCCAGCGGCAGCAUGAGGAGGUGGUGUCGGACCGGAGCGACCUUGGUGUUCGGAACGGGACUGGGAGCCGCGGUCAGCCGUCUGCUGAGCGCCAGAGGCGGAGAGGAGGAGGAGGAGGAUGGAGCCGGACUGCUCAGCAGAGUCCCGGUGGUCCCGGUACCAACGGUCCAAGCCUCCGAGCUGACGGUGAGUCCAGGUGGGUCAGGAGCUGUGAUGAAGUACGGCUUUCCCUCAUUGGCUAACAUCAAGACCAGAGAGUCCUACGUCACCUCCUAUGACCCCCGCACACGCACUGCAUCCUGGGUAAUUGAGAAGCUAAACCUCGCCUCCCUGAGCGGCCCAUCAGACAGGAAGUUCUGUGACUUCAAAGAGGAUGACAGCAUACACGUGUUUCACAGAUCGAUCAAUGCUGACUACAAGGGGAGUGGCUUCGACAGAGGUCACCUGGCUGCUGCAGCCAAUCACAAGUGGAGUCAGAAAGCAAUGGAGGACACCUUCUACCUGAGCAACGUGGCCCCACAGAACCCUCACCUGAACCAGAACACCUGGAACAACCUGGAGAAACUGUGUCGCUCUCUGACCAAACGUUACCUAAACGUAUAUGUCUGCACCGGCCCGCUCUACCUGCCCAGGCAGGAGGCCGACGGGAAACUCUACGUUCGUUAUCAGGUGAUUGGACGAAACCACGUUGCCGUGCCGACACACUUCUUCAAGGUGCUGAUCCUGGAGCAGGUGGACGGCAGGGGGGUGGAGCUUCGGUCGUAUCUUUUACCAAACGAACCAAUCGAUGAGAAGGUUCCUCUUGAGCGUUUCCUGGUUCCCAUAGAAACCAUUGAGCGAGCAUCAGGACUCCUGUUUAUCCCGAACAUCAUGAGGAGAACCAGCAGCCUUCAGGCCAUCACCAACAAAUGAACUACAGCUCCCAGAAUCCUCUGCUGCUGGAUAAACUACAGUACAUUCUGACAACAUUUUAUCAUCAACAAACAAACAACAGACUGAUCGGAUGUUGUUUAUCACAGGAGCCGUUGAUCAUACAAACUGUUUCCUCUCAGGCUGAACCAUGGACCAUGUUACCCAGAAUCCCCUGCCACUGACCGGACUACAGUAAAGGUGCGGUGGUAUGAGGAGACAUGGAUCAAGUCAAAGAGAACCUGAAGAACCAGGAGCUGCCAAGGAUUAAUAAAGUUAUUGAUAAUACAUUUAUUUAAACACUGAGGUUUAAAUAAAUAAAUGUAUUUAAACACUGA